AUGGACAAGUCAUUCCAGAGGUUCUCCGGUCCGAAAUACGGCAUGCUAUCAUGUCGAGCCUUCCGCCAGUACUCAUCAACACCCUGGCGAGGCUCUUUACACGUUAUCUGUCGGAAUGCAAGGUUCCUAAACAGUGGAAGACCAGCAAGACCGUGUUGUUGUAUAAAAAGGGGAGAUCCACAUGAUAUCGGCAACUAUCGCCCAAUCUGCCUACUGUCCGUCAUCUACAAGCUCUUUACAAGAGUAAUCCUUAAUAGGAUUGAAAAAGUCUUGGAUGAAGGACAGCCAUGCGAGCAAGCAGGGUUUCGAAAAGGAUUCAGCACGAUUGACUACAUUCACACUGUUUCGAAACUCAUCGAGGUAUCACGAGAGUACAAGAUGCCGCUCUGUCUCACCUUCAUCGACUUAAAGAAGGCUUUCGACUCGGUUGAGACGGAAGCGGUCGUGGAAGCCUUGGACAACCAAGGCGUCCCUACUCAAUACAUAAAGGUACUUCGAGAGUUGUACAGUAACUUCACGACCGGAAUUUCGCCAUUCUACAAGAACAUCAUCAUUGACGUGAAGAGGGGGGGUCCGACAGGGUGA